AUAUGCGUAAUCUUUGUCUGUGGCGGUUGCCCGGGUAACCCUGCGGGGUUUGUUUGAAAAUGGAACUCGAUCCCGACUACACGUUUGUUCCGCUCGCUCCCAGGCACUACAUGGAAAUCGAAAACAAAGAUACCCAGCACUACUUUGGAAAGUGGGGAUUACAAGGUAAUAUUAGCAUACAAGACUUUUGCUUUAAUGAGCCGUUUCAGCCGUACAACAAGUAUCAUUUAGCCGAGAGAUUUUUCAAGGAUCAAACAGUCGCCAAUCAUUUAUUGCUAAAAGAGGGAGAUUCAUGGAUAGCCAAAGGUAUCAAAGCCUCGUCAAUAGAAGUCACUGCAGUUCCAUGUUUCGUACUGAACAUGUCAUUUUUCGACAAAUUGUUAGAUCCAGCAAACAAAAUUGUUCACAAUUCGGGCGUCACUUGCAAACGAUUCGACACGGAUAUAGAAGGCUUUACAGUCUCCGACAACCUUAGAGGAAUGAUCCUAGACGAAUACUGUGAAGAGUACCAGUUGUUUAACUCCGAAGAAAGAGCAGAAUUUAUAUUCCGCAUAUUCGAAAUGCUGGUCUUAGGGGGCUCUUUAUGUCAAUUCGAAGAGGAGUUGCAGCCAUAUUUGGAUACAACCAAAAAAAUUUAUAAAGAGCUUGUCAGAGUUCAAAAGCGUCGACAACAAGAGCAGCAAGGGGCAAAUCGCGAUCUAUCAAUAGGAACGACAGUUUUACAAGUUGUUGCAAAGAACGAACGAGGCGAGGCAUUCUACCCGGCGAAUCCGGAACAUCGGCAAAAUAUUGGAUUUUUGCUAAUAGAUGGUUCGAACCGACAGAUAACGACGCUUCUGCAUCAGUUUGGAAGUUUUCAUUGGUAAACGACGAGCUAACAUUUUUCUAGCGAGAUUUAACGGAAAAAUCGCAGUCGAUAGUUAUUCAAGGUGUUUUUGUUUACUUGCCUUAGUUAUGGGAUUCGUGAGCAUUCGAUUUGAUGGAUUAUAGCACCGAAAUGUAAUUCAUUGUAUCUUUAUCAUUAUCAUUAUUGUGUUUCAAUGUAGCACGUACAAAAAUAUUUGCAUAAAUGGUAGCACGAUGGUAGAAUUCGUUUUAUAAAUAUUUCGUUUCUCUCGCAGCAGAGCAUUUUUAUUGACGAGUUAUUUGUGACAAGAAUUUAACAAUGAAAAUCUUUUGUACAGAGCAGACAUUUUUUAAAACGACACGAAAGAAUUUUCUGAGAUUUAGUAUUUGACGACACGCUUGGAAAUUUUUAUUUUCCAUUUCUUUCUUAAUCCGAAGAAAUCUCGAAUCUCUACCGGCACGAAUAACAACUUAACAUCUUUAUUUGCCGUAAGAACCCUCUUUGCGUUUUCCUGCAAACCUCUGAAUUACUUGGAAUUAUUUAACUUUCGUGCGGAAAAAUUACAUAUGGAAAGAAAUGACUUUCGCUUAUGUAUUUAGCCAACGUCGUUUCUCCCUGAAAUUCCUUCUUGAAAAAUUUCAUUGUACGACGUGUUUGUCUUUGAGAAAAAAAAUAAAAGUAAAACGGCGUGCUUA